AUGGCCGAGCAUCCUUCUCAGAUUCAACUCCAGCCCGACCAGAAAGAAGUCAUCCGAAGUUUCAUGAGACUACCCUCCGAAGUACGUCGUAGUAUCUGGGAAUAUGUCGCUGAAGAAGCAAUAAAAAUCUUCUGUGUCAAUGACACUCAGGAUACAAGCAUCUUUCUAAGCGAUAACGAAGUAGGUGGAAUCGUAAGGAAGGAAAAUACACACAACUGGCCCAAUACGUUCGAGCUCCCACACCUUCAUCGCCUGACUACCCUCAAGAAGAAGGAUCUCGUGUUUCCCCUCCUCCAUAUCAACAGAGAGGCCAGGGAAGUGGCAUGGAAUGCAUAUAUCAGUGUGAUAAACGAUCUAGGGUUUCUAGAGCACUUCUUCAAAGUACUCUACACGAGAAGAUAUCGCUUGAGUAAAUCCACUCGGUGUAACCGGAGGGAUAAUCCAGACGCGAUAUUCGUGGAUUUAGCGCAGGCGAUGCAAAGUAUACAAUCUCGCGCGCUGAUACGCCCUGGAAUGGGGUACGACUGGACAAACAACGGAGCCGUCCAGCUAUUGACUGAUGUUCACGAGACUCUACAUUCCCGCGUGAUGGAACCUCCCGGAUUUGCGUAUUGGAGUCUGCAACUCAUGCCGGGGGCUGAAGCGUCCGAACAGUUAGACGAGCAACAAGGCCCUUUCAUGUCUCAUGUGUUACUUCCACAACCUAGUCCCGAGCCUAAGUUAUGGGAGCUUAGAGAAGGUGCUUUUGAACCUACUUUCGUCCAAGGUAUGACGGCAUAUUUGGACAAUUUCGAGAUGAAGCACAUUUUUAGGCAAUGUCUUGGAAGUAUGUCGACUAUCCUCGACAUUUACGAUUAG